AUGGCAGAUUCGUCUGUAAUCAGGCCGGUUCCAGUAAGAAUAACGAAUUACCCAUUCGAUACUAUACAUAGUGGUAAAUUCCAGCACUACGCCUGUAUACCCCCUCAAGUGAUGAACAGACAGUUUCCUCAAGGGACCUCGUCGUCUGCUUUAGCAUCGGCAACAUCAUUCUUUGAUCAAGUAACUACUCCAUCGGAAGAAGAAGCAGCUUCAACACCGGUAGUAACUUACCUUGAAUCAACAACAGCACAAUCAACUCUCACAACGCAGACAAUAGAUGUUUCUUUUGUAGAGGGGAUUCAUACAACGCCGGCGACGCUGCCUCUUACAACGUCAACAAGUCACAUGACAACCCCAUUUGUAACAAACCCAAGCAGUCCCAUCACAAGUGCCGAGUUAACAAUGUCUACGAGUGAUCCCAUGGCAACUCAGUUAACUGCAGCAGACGUUCCCACAACAACCACUCAGUCCACAACAACCAAGAAUCCUAAAACAACAUCAACAGCAACAACAACAACAACAACAGAUGUUUCUACAUUAACUACUCAAUCUACGACAACAUCGAUUUCUACUACAACAACCGAGCAUUUGACAACAACAACAACGAUUCCUACAACAACAUCAACGAUUUCAUCUACAUCAACCCAGUCAACAACAGAGAUGAUUCCCACUACAACGAGGACGGUCCCCACUACAAUGUCCCAGUCUAGAACAGCGAUUCCUACAACAACAUCAACGAUUUCAACUACAUCAACCCAGUCAACGACAGAGAUGAUUCAUACAACAACCAUCGAGUCGCAAACUACAUCAACCCAGUCAACAACAGAGAAGAUUCCCACUACAACAACGACGAUCCCCACUACAACAACCCAGUCUACAACAGAGAUGAUUCCCACUACAACAACGACGAUCCCCACUACAACAACCCAGUCUACAACAGCGAUUCCUACAUCAACCGCCGAGUUGCAAACCCAAAACAUUCAGAAUGCCAAGGUUUUCGUCACCGACAGUAGUGAAAAUAAGAUCUUCUGGGCUGAUCUACAGAGUAUGACAUUCACCGAGAUGCCCCUAGCUACAGACAAACCAUGGGGUGUAACCUAUGACCAUGUUGAGAAUAAAGUCUAUUGGACAGAAACCGGAGACAAACUGAUAUGCAGUGCUAAUGUAGACGGGACAAACAAAGAGAGCAUUCCGAACUUUAGCUACGAUGGCCCUGUAGACAUCGCCAUUGCGGAGUCAGUGCGAAGGAUUUAUUGUGCUUUUCGAGACGAUUCCGUCAUCAAAUCGAUCAAUCUAGAUGGAACAGGAGAGAUGGACAUGGUUUCCAACGAUAUCGACAAGCCACGUGCCGUCGUAGUCUUUGAGACAACACAACAUCUAUACUGGUCUCACACAAGCAAGAUAGAACGGAUUAAUUUAGAUGGGUCGGGACGAACGUUGUUGUUUGAAGAUGGAUUGUAUGACAAAAUUGUUGGAUUGGACGUUAGUCUAUCAGACAAUCGUAUAUACUUCGCUGACGAAGGCGCCAAAGAGAUCGUCUUUACUGAUCUACUAGGUAACGGUAAGCAGCAGAUCCAGGACGUGUCUGGUAACUUCCUACCACAAGAUGUUAUGCUAUACAAUGGGGUGAUGUACUUUACAGACAAAGUCUCCAAUUUCUUUAGAGCGUACAACACGAUCAGGUCGUACAACAACGUAUCAGACAUUCACUUCGCUGGGCCAUAUGACAACCAUCCAGUCAACAACACACAAGAUUCCCGCAACAACCACCCAUUCAACAACACACAAGAGUCCCGCAACAAGCUACCAGUCACAAACACACAAGAGUCCCGCAACAAGCUACCAGUCACAAACACACAAGAGUCUCGCAACAACCACCCAGUCAACAACACACGAUAG